UACGAUUAUAAAAAUCUUUCGAAAGAUGUAUAGGUACUCCCAUAAAUAAAUAAGAAAAGGAGUACAAGUACAGUAAUGGCUAGCAAUCAAUUAGAUAGAGGCCCUUAGCUUCCUCCUUGAUUAUGUUUUGGAGUAUUAUUGGGGAUGGAUGGAGAUCAUGUCCACCGCCAAACAGAGUGUUGGAAGGUGCCGCUCUGCCCUGUUGAUAUGCUCUCCCACGCCGCCCAUCCCUCUCCAAUUCCUCCUGCUAUUAGACCACAACAUUCCAGCAGAAGCAGAUGAGGGAAUAGCACUAGAGUAGAGAGCAAGCAGAGAGGCAGCAUGAAGGUGGGCGUGGAGAUAUUGGACGCGUCGGAGCUUGCGCCCAAGGACGGCGCCGGCGCCUGCAACGCGUUCGUAGAGGUGGAGUUCGACGGGCAGAAGCAGCGCACCCCGACCAAGCCCGCCGAUCGUUCCCCGCAAUGGAACCACACCCUCGUGUUCGACGUCCGCGACCCCUCCCGCCUCCCCUCCCUCCCCGUCGACGUCUCCGUCCACCACGAUCGCAGCCUCACCGACCACCACGCCACCCGCCUCCACACCUUCCUCGGCCGCGUCCGCAUCUCCGCUGCCUCCCUCGCCCCCUCCCCGCAGGACGCCCUCCUCCAGCGCUACCCGCUCGAGAAGCGCGGCCUCUUCUCCCGCGUCUCCGGCGACAUCGCCCUCCGACUCUACCUCAUCGCCAACGACUCCCCUGAUCCUCCUCCUGCUCCCGCUGUCCACCACCACCAGCACCAGCCUCCCCAGUCCGUCUCCGCCGAGCAACCCGACAGCAGGCCUCCUCCCGCCUUUCCCCAUGGAGAGGCGCAGGCGCAGGCGCAGCCACCGCCCCCGGAGUCGGAGUCCAAGGGCAAGACCACCCACGACCACGAGCCUCCUCGUGUGUUCCGCUCCGUCCCCGUCCAAGCCCCCGCCCCCGCCGCCUCUCAACCCAGGCGUGCCACGCUCCACGCGGUGGCCGCGCCGCCACCGCCGCCAGGCCAGACCGUGAUCAUGCCGCGCCCUCCCGGCCCCGCCCCCGGGCCGCCCCCCUCGGCGUUCGGCCUGGUGGAGACCAAGCCGCCGCUGCCGGCCAAGAUGGGCCCACGCGCCGCGGUGGCCGCCGCGGCCAAGAUCGCCUCCACCUACGACAUGGUGGAGCCCAUGUCGUACCUGUACGUGAGCGUGGUCAAGGCGCGCGACCUCCCCAACAUGGACAUCACCGGCGCGCUCGACCCCUACGUCGAGGUCAGGCUCGGCAACUUCAAGGGCGUCACCCGCCACCUCGAGAAGAACCCCAACCCGGUGUGGCGCCAGGUCUUCGCCUUCUCCCGCGAUCACCUGCAGUCCAGCCAGCUUGAGGUGGUCGUCAAGGACAAGGACGUCCUCAAGGACGACUUCGUCGGCCGCGUUGUCUUCGACAUGACCGACAUCCCCAACCGCGUCCCGCCCGACAGCCCCCUCGCCCCGCAGUGGUACCGCCUCGCCGACCGCUCCGGCGAGAAGAUUCGCCACGGCGAGAUCAUGCUCGCCGUCUGGAACGGCACGCAGGCCGACGAGGCGUUCCCGGAGGCCUGGCACUCGGACGCCCACUCCGUCUCCCUUGACAGCCUCGCCAGCACGCGCUCCAAGGUGUACUACUCCCCCAAGCUCAUCUACCUCAAGGUGGUGGCCAUCGCGGCGCAAGACCUCAUCCCCGCCGAGAAGGGCCGCCCGCUGGCACCGUCCAUCGUCAAGAUACAGCUGGGCGGGCAGACGCGGCGGACGCGGUCGCAGGGGUCGGCCAACCCGAUGUGGAACGAGGAGUUCCUGUUCGUGGCCGCGGAGCCGUUCGACGAGCCGCUGGUGGUGACGGUGGAGGAGCGCGUGGCGGCGGGGCGGGACGAGCCGGUGGGGCGCGUGAUCAUCCCGGUGGCGGCGCCCUACGUGCCUCGCAACGACCUGGCCAAGUCGAUCGAGGCCAAGUGGUUCAGCCUGUCGCGGGCGCUGACGGCGGACGAGGCCGCGGCGGCGGAGGCGACGAAGCUCAAGUCGUCGUUCGCGAGCAAGAUCCACCUGCGGCUGAGCCUGGAGACGGCGUACCACGUGUUGGACGAGUCGACGCACUACAGCAGCGACCUGCAGCCGGCGGCGAAGAAGCUGAGGAAGAGCCCGAUCGGGAUCCUGGAGCUGGGCAUCCUCGGGGCGCGGAACCUGGCGGGCGGGAAGAGCCCCUACUGCGUGGCCAAGUACGGGGCGAAGUGGGUGCGGACGCGGACGCUGGUGGGGACGGCGGCGCCCCGGUGGAACGAGCAGUACACGUGGGAGGUGUUCGACCUGUGCACGGUGGUGACGGUGGCGGUGUUCGACAACUGCCACCUGACGGGGGGCGGGGACGCCAAGGACCAGCGGAUCGGCAAGGUGCGGGUGCGGCUGUCGACGCUGGAGACGGAGCGCGUGUACACCCACUUCUACCCGCUGAUGACGCUGACGCCGGGGGGCCUGAAGAAGACCGGGGAGCUCCACCUGGCGGUGCGGUUCACGUGCACGGCGUGGGCCAACAUGCUGGCCAUGUACGGGAAGCCGCUGCUGCCCAAGAUGCACUACACCCACCCCAUCUCGGUGCUGCAGAUGGACUACCUGCGGUUCCAGGCGAUGCAGAUGGUGGCGGCGCGGCUGGGUCGCGCGGAGCCCCCGCUGCACCGUGAGGUGGUGGAGUACAUGCUGGACGUGGACUCCCACAUGUUCAGCCUGCGUCGGAGCAAGGCCAACUUCAAGCGGAUGACGUCGCUCUUCUCCGGGGCGGUGGCGGUGGCGCGGUGGAUGGAUGGGAUCUGCAAGUGGAAGAACCCGGUGACCACCAUCCUGGUGCACGUGCUGUUCCUCAUCCUGGUGUGCUACCCGGAGCUGAUCCUCCCCACCGUCUUCCUCUACCUGUUCGUCAUCGGGGUGUGGAACUACCGGAGGCGGCCGCGGAAGCCGGCGCACAUGGACACGGCGCUGUCGCACGCGGAGGCGGAGCAGGUGCACCCGGACGAGCUGGACGAGGAGUUCGACACGUUCCCCACCAGCAAGCCCGGGGACGUGGUGCGGAUGAGGUACGACCGGCUGCGGAGCGUGGCCGGGAGGGUGCAGACGGUGGUGGGUGACCUGGCCACGCAGGGGGAGCGCGCCCAGGCGCUGCUCAGCUGGCGCGACCCCCGUGCCACCUCCAUCUUCGUCCUGCUCUCGCUCAUCAUCGCGGUGGUGCUCUACGUCACGCCGUUCCAGGUGGUGGCGGUGGUGGUGGGGCUGUACCUCCUCCGCCAUCCGCGCUUCCGCAGCAAGCAGCCGUCCGUCCCCUUCAACUUCUACAAGCGACUACCCGCCAAGUCCGACGUCCUCCUCUGAACACAACUACUACCGUACCUACCCAUUCCGUUCCCUUCCGUCCGUCCGUCCGUCCUUGCCAAUUCACUCGUCAUCUGGACCAAGUACGUGCAGCAGAAGCAUCAUAACAUACGGGGAGUUUUUACCCGUCCUCUACUCUCAAAAUUCACAAGGCGCGCGCGCGAGGUCCAGUCCAGUCCCGGGCGGUGGUAGACGCAGACGCAGACAGGCAGCCAUCCGCCCGGCGAGCCAACGCAAUCAUUCGCGCUCAAAUAAUGCGCGCAAGAGAAGAAGAACAACUAAUAAGUCUGGAAGGAGCAAAGUUGGUUGUUGCUACAUUCUUUUCGUUCGCCCACCAUUCUUUUCUCUUUUUUUUCUUGAUGAGAUUCCUAUCUUGCUGCCCGCCUGCAGUUUCUUCUGCCUUUCCUCUUUUCCUUCUCUUUUCUUUCAUUCCGUGCCUGUGGAAUGUGCGUGUAUAUUCUCAUCUAUCCCUUUGGUCGUCUCUGUGGAGAAAUUGAACAUUCUGCCACUGCCACUGUGUGUACCAUGACAUAUCUCUCCAUAUAUACUAGUAGUACAUACGUGUAGUACUAGCAUCAUACUACAAGAAUAAUUUUGUCUUUAUUAAUAAAGUUCUACCUGUAAUGGUAUUGCUCUACUCUAACGACUCAUUCUAUAAAUAAACCACUUGUGUGGCGUACGUGGUACCAAAAA